AUGGGCAAAGACACUGUUCAUGCCCCCGUCUUGGGUGACCAUGUCUCGGGCCAGUCCAACAAGCCUCUGUCCCAACCGCCACACAGCCUGACGAGCCAGCAAGUCCUCGACGAAUUACGCAGCAAUGUAACCACAGGCCUCGCCCCGGAGGAGAUCCCUCAGAGGCUUGAGGAGAUGGGACCCAACGAACUAGAACAGAAAAAGGGCGUCCAGCCCGCCAAGAUCUUUCUCGAGCAGAUCUUCAACGCCAUGACGUUGGCCUGGAUUCCCGGGGGCAUCCUGGCCGGCAUCAUCAUUUUCAACAUCUUCCUCGGCUUCUUCCAGAGCCUGCAGGCUGAAAAGACCAUCGACUCGCUCCGCACCCUCGGCACACCCAACUGCAAGGUCUUUCGGGGCGGCAGGACCAUCACCAUCCAGACCGUCGAUGUCGUCCCCGGUGAUAUUGUUGAUCUGGAAACUGGCGACUCUGUCCCUGCUGACAUGCGCCUCAUCGAGGCGGUCAACCUCGAGGCCGAUGAAGCGCUGCUCACCGGCGAGUCGGUGCCAAUUUUAAAGAUUCCUAAGCUCACGUUUGACGCUGAUACUGGUCCUGGUGAUCGCCUCAAUGUGGUUUACAGUUCGUCAAGUAUUACCAAGGGUCGCGGGCGUGGCGUCGUGUUUGCUACGGGGAUGUUUACAGAGAUAGGCCUCAUCGCCGGAGCUCUUACCAACAGCGGCGACCCAAAGGAUUACGGGGAUGAUGGUCAGCGCUCUGUAUUCCGCAUCAUCUGGGAUCCCGUCCGCGCCUGGGUCGGCGAAUUCCUAGGUCUCACAGUGGGCACACCUCUCCAGAAGAAGCUUGCCCAGCUCUUUCUCUGGCUGUUCCUGUUCGCAAUCGUGUGCGCCAUUAUCGUCCUUGGCGCCAACAAGUUCGACUCGCGUAGGGAUGUCAUUAUCUACGCCAUCACAACCGCCAUCGGGACCAUCCCUGUGUCUCUCCUGCUUGUCCUGACCCUUACUAUGGCCGCCGGCACAAAGAAGAUGCUCGAGCGCCAUGUCAUUGUCCGAAACCUCUCCAGCCUCGAGGCCCUCGGAGGUGUCACGAACAUCUGCUCUGACAAGACCGGAACAAUUACCCAAGGGCGCAUGGUGGUACGAAAGGCGUGGAUCCCUGGCUGCGGAACCUACUCGAUCGCGUCGACGAGCGACGUGUACAACCCCACGGCCGGCGAGGUCUUCCUCCUUAGCUCGCAGCCCAAGGAAGUAACUUCCACCGGCCAAGAUAAUCAGGACGGGCGCCAGUUGAUCUCUCCCCCCGAUGAGGCGGCUACGAAGUCCGCCCUACGGUGGUAUCUCAACGUCGCGUCUCUAGCCAAUCUCGCCACUGUCGAGCAGAGCGACCACGGCUCUGCAAAUCCCGGCCAGUGGGAGGCCAGGGGCGCUCCGACUGAAAUUGCCAUCGAGGUGUUUGCCGGUCGGUUUGGAUGGAACAGGCUCGAACUGACCCAAGGCCCGAAGGCUGAGUGGGAACAUGUUGCGGAAUAUCCCUUUGAUUCGGAUAUUAAGAAGAUGACGGUGCUCUUUCACAAUAAUAAGUCCAAUGAAACUCAUGUCUUCACAAAGGGAGCCGUGGAACGAGUCAUUUCGUCCUGCAAGUCCAUCGCCAUCAAUGACAGUAUUCAACCUCUCACCUCCGAGAUCAGCCAAGACAUCCACUUCAACAUGGAGGUGCUCGCCAGUCAGGGUCUCCGUGUUCUCGCCUUCGCACACAAGAUCAACGAUCGCGUCAUCUCUGAGUCCGAAUUUAUCGGUGGCAACGUACCCAAACGCGAUGUCCUUGAGCAAGACCUAAUAUUCCGCGGCCUUGUUGGAAUCUACGACCCCCCUCGCCCGGAAUCCCUCCCCAGUGUUCGCGCUUGCCAAGGAGCUGGCAUUGUCGUCCACAUGCUCACCGGCGACCACCCGCAGACGGCGCGCGCUAUCGCUAUCGACGUCGGGAUUCUGCCUACUCCUGAGAAAGCUCGACUGCUCCCGGCUGAUGUCUCGAGCACCAUGAUGAUGGUAGCCCACGAUUUUGAUGCCCUCACCGAUGCCCAGAUUGACGAUAUGGCUCAGCUUCCUCUAGUCGUUGCUCGGUGCGCACCUAGCACAAAGGUCAGGAUGAUCGAGGCUCUUCACCGACGACAACGCUACGUAGCCAUGACCGGUGACGGCGUAAAUGACAGUCCCAGUCUCAAGAGAGCAGACGUAGGCAUCGCAAUGGGGACUGGCUCAGAUGUUGCCAAGGAAUCUUCCGACAUUAUCCUCACCGACGACAACUUUGCGUCUAUCCUCAAUGCCAUCGAGGAGGGCCGUCGCAUCUUUGACAAUAUCCAAAGGUUCAUCCAACACGUGUUGUCUGCCAACGUUGGAUUCGUCGUUACUCUUCUUGCUGGUCUCGCGUUCAAGGAUGGCAACGGCGUCUCCGUGUAUCAGCUCACUCCCGUCGAGAUCAUCUGGAUGCUCAUGGGAACCGGUGCCUUUUGCGAGACUGGCCUUGGCUUCGAAAAGGCUGUCCCUGAUAUCCUCAAUCGGCCUCCUCACAAUCUCAAAUACGGCGUCUUCACGCCCGAGUUCCUCACAGACAUGGUCGUCUACGGCUCCAUCAUGGCCGGCUGCGUCCUCGGCUCCUUCACGAUCGUCAUCUUCGGCUUCAGCGACGGCAACCUCGGCUCCGACUGCAACAACAACUACUCGGAGGCCUGCGACCCCGUCUUCCGCGCACGCGCCACCUGCUUCACCACCAUGACCUGGAUCUUCCUCCUCUUCGCCUGGGGCCUGAUCGACUUCCGCCGCUCGCUGUUCCACAUGCCCGACGGCCUCAAGGCGUGGGCGGGACACCUCUGGGGCAACCAGUUUCUGUUCUGGUCUGUCGCCGGCGUCUUCUUCACUGUCUUCCCGGUGAUGUACAUUCCCAAGCUGAAUCACAUCGUCUUUCAGCACACCGGCAUCAGCUGGGAGUGGGCUGUUGUCUUUGUAGACGUCAUCGUGUUCAUGGUGUUGUCUGAGUCUUGGAAGUGGGCGAAGCGCGUCUAUUUCCGACAUCAGUCCUUUCAGAGGGAAGGGCACUGGAAUGAGGUAGACGCGCGGAUGGGCCGGCUCCUGCAGAUCCAGCCCGCACAGCGAUGUGGCCGGGUCGCCGAGCACGGGGAUGCUAUCCACACAGCGCGGCCACGGCUCGACCCCGGCAUUCUCGUGCGCGAAGCGGAAUAG